UUGGCUAACAUUUGAAUCUCCUUUCCACUUGCCAGCUCUCAAAAGUCUACGGCCCGGUGUUCACUGUGUACUUUGGCAUGAAGCCCACGGUGGUGCUGCACGGGUACGAGGCCAUCAAGGAAGCCCUGAUCGACCGGGGCGAGGAGUUUGCUGGAAGAGGCAGUUUCCCAGUGUUUGAGAAAGUUAGCCAAGGGUUUGGAAUCAUUUUCAGCAAUGGAAAGAGAUGGAAGGAGAUCCGGCGCUUCUCCCUCAUGACCCUGCGGAAUCUGGGCAUGGGGAAGAGGAACAUUGAGGACCGGGUUCAAGAGGAAGCCCGCUGCCUAGUGGAGGAGUUGAGGAAAACCAAUGGUGGGUGA